AUGACCAAGGAGGCACUUUGCCGCUUGGAUGGCAAAGACUGGGACUACAAACUGGCCGCUUUUUUCUUCGGGCAGCGAACGACACCACACACAAUGACAGGACACAGCCCUGCCAAGCUCCUCCUUGGGAGACACCUGACCAGUCGGUUGGAUAACCUGCAUCCGGAUCAAGCCCCGGAGGAAGAACCGGCCACAGAGUCUCCAGAAGGGGCCCACGGUUUCCCCCCCAAAGACCCAGUAUAUGCCCAAAACUUCACCCGGGGUCCAGCAUGGAUUCCAGCCUGGUGGUUUUACCAGUUUGCUACCCGCCUGCUUUUUAAAAUUACUGAUAAAGCCAUGGACACAUCUUUGCCCCAUGAGUUUUGGUUUUCUGCUAUGAAGUUCCAAAUUCAACGAGGAAAAACAGAUUCAAAUAGUUACAAGAGCUUGGGAGACAGUUUCAAGACCAUAUUCCGGACUGAAGGAUUGUUUGGUUUCUACAAAGGCAUACUCCCUCCAAUCUUGGCUGAAACACCUAAAAGAGCAGUGAAGUUUUUCACCUUUGAACAAUACAAGAAAUUACUAGGAUACUGUUCACUGUCACCAGCGUUGGCAUUUGCAGUUGCUGGCCUGGGAUCUGGGCUAACAGAAGCGGUUGUGGUGAACCCAUUUGAAGUGGUCAAAGUUGGUCUACAGGCAAAUCGGGAUGCUUUUGCAGAGCAACCAUCCUCUUUUGCCAAAGCUCAGCAGAUUAUUCAAGCCAAUGGGUUCGGACUCCAGGGGCUCAACAAAGGGUUACCUGCCACCCUGGGACGCCAUGGAGUUUUUAAUAUGGUUUAUUUUGGAUUCUACUUUAAUGUGAAAAACAUCAUUCCUGUCAAUAAGGAUCCAGCCUUGGAGUUUCUGAGAAAAUUUGGGAUCGGGCUAGUCUCAGGAACAAUAGCUUCAAUUAUUAACAUCCCAUUUGAUGUUGCAAAAAGUAGGAUUCAGGGACCACAGCCGGUUCCUGGAGAGAUCAAGUACAGAACCUGUUUUAAAACUAUGGCAACGAUCUAUAAAGAAGAAGGAUUUCUAGCUUUGUACAAAGGACUGGUCCCUAAGAUUAUGAGACUAGGCCCAGGUGGUGCAGUGAUGCUUCUGGUUUAUGAGUACGCUUAUGGAUGGUUUCAAGAACACUGGUGAUCAGAAG